AUGAUUAAAAAUGUUUUUUAUUUGAAUUUUAUAUUUUCUUUUUUUCUAUUAAUAAUUAAAUGUGAUGAGAGUGUGUCCAAUGGAAGGAAAGAAAUAUAUUUUGAUGACGAUGAAAAAUUAAAACUAUCUUCUUUUUUUGAUCGUUCUACAAAUAUAAAUUUAGAUGUCGGUGAGAAUGAUGAGCUGUCAUCAUACGUCCCUAGGGAGGUGGAUGAAAAAAAAAAAAAAAAUAAGAAAGAUAUAGAUAGUAAGGAAAAUUCAAAAAGUGGGAACAAUAUAUAUAAUAAGGACAAUACUAAAAAUAAUGAAGAUGUUAAUUAUAAUGUUGUUUUAAAGGAUGGUCGUGCAAAGGAGGGAAUUAUAACAGACGAAAAAAGAAGGAGUAGUACAAAGGAUGGUAAAAAUAAAGAACAAAAUAAUAAUAAAAUGAAUAGUGAUGAUGUUCAUGAUAAUAAUAAUAAUAUGAAUGAUAUUAACUUUGUUGUUGAAUACAAUAAAAUGAUUGAUAAUUAUGACAAAAUUUUGGAUGAGCUUAUAUUAAAAAGUAUAAAUAGAAAUAAUUAUAAUUAUUUUAAUAUGCUUGAUGAAUAUUCUCUUCAGACAAAACUGAAUAAAGAAAUGUAUGAUAGUUUAAAUUAUUUGAUUAGACUUAUGAAUAAUAAAAAUAGUAGGAAAUAUUUUAUAUCCUUUUCAAAUAAUGAGAAGAAGAAAAUAAUAAAAAAUGAUAUGAAUGAAAACAUAUAUAUAAGACAUUUUAUUGUAUCUUUAUUUAGAUGGUAUAAUAAUUUUAAAUUAAUAGAAACUUGUUUUGAUAAGAAUAAUUUUAUUUAUUAUAUUGACGAAAAUAAAAUAUAUUCUUAUAAAUAUAAUUAUAAGCUUAUGUUGAAUUUAUUUAGUUCUGAAAAUUUUUUAUAUUAUAUAAAUUUAAGUAAAUUUUCAUUAUUGGAAAUUAUUGAUAAUUAUAAUAAAUAUAGUUUUAUUAUUAAUAAUAUAAAAAGAGAUUAUCCUAAUAAUAUGUAUGUCUGUCAGUCAUUUUAUGAUUUCAUUUAUUCAUAUUUCUUAAGUUAUAAUCAUCAUUUUUUUGAUAAACAUAAAUAUCUAAUAAAUAUGGAUAUAUGGAAUAAUUCAAUACAAACAAAAGGGCAAAUUGGAAAUCAUAAAUUAUAUAAAAAAUUAAAAAAACUAAAUGAAAAUUUAAUAUUAUAUAAUUAUAUAAAAAAUGAUGAUUCAGAAAUGAUACCUUAUGUUACAUUAGAAAUGCGUAUGAUAUUUUCUAACUUUACAAAUUUAUUAAUAGAUAUAUUGAAUAAAUUAUAUAAUAUAGAUUAUCAGGAUAAUAUAAAACAAGAAAAUGUAAAUGUUAAUCCCCAGAGGGAUGCACCACAAGAUUAUGUACAUAAUAAGAAUGACGUUGACGUGUCUUUAAAAAAUGUUAAGGAACCAAAAAAAGUAGAGCAUAAUAAGGCUAUGUCGAAUUAUGAGACUGAUGAAAGAGGUGAUAUGAUAUAUGAUAAUACAAAUAAGGAGAAGUUUGAAAAGAGCGAAGGUACAUUCAACAAUAUUAGUGGGGGUGAGGAUACAUUCAAGAAUAUUAGUGGGGGUGAGGAUACAUUCAAGAAUAUUAGUGAGGGUGAUGGUGAGGUUGAUGGUGAUGGUGAGGGUGAUGGUGAUGGUGAUGGUGAGGGUGCAGAUGACUCUUCGGUUGAUACACAUAAUAAUAAAAAUGAUGGAAAGGAAUCGGAGAGUGAUGUGUGGAAUUUACUAAUGGAUUCAUAUAAGAAACUAGCGAAUGAUGAGAAUUUUAAAAAAUACAAUAAGUAUAUAUUAAAGAAUUUAGAUAAGUUUUUGAACAUGUCAUCUGAAAAAAAAGAAGAUAUUAAUAGUUAUAAAAAUAAAUAUGAAUUAAAAGAGGGUAUAAUAUAUAAUAAGGUUUCUGAUAAAUAUAUUCCUUUAAUAUUUAAUCCUACAAAAGAUGUAUUUACAUCUAUUAAUCAAAUUAAUAUUAAAAGUAAGAUAAACUUUUUUAAUAUAUAUGAAUAUUUAAUAACUAUUACAAAGUAUAAAGAGAACAAAAAUUUUUAUGAUGAUUUAUUAAAAUGUAGAAGAGAAAUUUUUUUUAAGGAUCGUCAUUUGUUAGAAAAUAAUAAUAUUAUGGAUAAGCAAGAAGAAUUGAAAAAGAACAUUCGAAAUUUGAUGCGUAUUCAUGAAGUAUCAAAUGAAGGAAAUAAUAGGAACACAAUAAAUAGAAAAUAUAAAAAAUAUGGAACAUAUGAUUAUGAUAAAAUGAAUGAAUUAUAUUAUGUAGAAAAAAAUAUAUUAAAUGUGAAUGAUACGAAUACAUUUAAUUUUAUGAAUAAUAAAGAAAAGGAUAAGAAUUAUUUUGAUAUAAAUAAAACAAUGAGAAUAUAUGAUUAUUAUAAUAAUAUAAAUUUGAAUAUAUUUACCCCAGCAGCUAUAAAAAUGAAAGAUAAAAUAUAUGAUCAAUUAAAAUUAUUGAGAAGUAAUUUUGUUGAGAAAUUAAAAAAUGAAUCUAUUUGUGUUUUAUCAUUUUUAUAUUUAAUAGGUAUAAAUGAUGAUAAUGGGAAAUUACAUUUCCCAUAUGGAUUUCCAAGAAAUAUUGAUUUUUCUGUGAAACUUAUAAGAGAAGGGAAAGAUGGGUUAUGUAAUUUUUUAAGUGGUGUUUUAUAUCAUAUAAAUUUACCUAUCUUUGUAAAUAAUUCUUCUAUAUCCAUAAGUACAGAAAUGAAUGAUGAUGUAUUAGAAAUGAACGAUAAUUCUAUCAAUAGUUUUUUUUAUAUAUAUUAUAAAAAUAAUGAAAAUAUAAGAAAUCAUGAUUUUUUAUCUGACGAAAAUAGAAUAAUACCCAGGAAAGAAGAUAAUAUAAAAUCUAAAAUUAUUUCAUAUUCUUUAGGUUCAUCAAAAGACGAUUUUUUUAGUAAAUUAGCUUUUACAAAUAAUGUGAUUAGAUUGAAAUAUAAGAAUAAAACAAAUAACACCUACUUAAAAGAUUAUUUUGAUUUUACUUUUGAUAAAAUUAAUUAUAAAAAUUCAGUAAUAAAAAAUAACGUAUCUCCAUUUUUAACGACAUGUGAUUAUUUAUUAAGUAAUAUAUUAGGAGCAGUGGUUGAUUCCUUGAGAAAUUCAUCUACUUUAGAAAGUGGAGUAUAUGAAGAAAAUAUAAAUGAUAAAAAUAAAAAUAUAAUUCAAAAUACUGUAGUACAAAACAAAAAUUUGUUUGAAUAUUUUGUAAAAUUAGCUGAUAAUAGAAACUCAUAUGCUUUAGCAGCGUUGGGUGAAAUAUAUUAUUUAGGAAAUGAAAGUAUAGGAAUUGAAAGAGAUGAAAUCAAAGCUUUUGAAUUCUGGAAAAAGGCAGCAGAUCAAGGAGAUACAACCUCUGCAUUGUCUACAGGUUAUGCAUAUUUGGAUGAGUAUAAAAAGUUUCUAAAAAAAGAAGAACUUGUUAAAAAUAUGGAUAGGGAGGAUAUAUUAACAAUGAUACAUUUGGAAAAUUCCACCAAGGAUAAGAAAAAUGUUACUUUGGAAAUGUUCCAAGAAUCUAGUGAGAAAAAAAACCAAAAGAAGAAGAAGAAGGAGAAAAAGGAGCAAGAUGGAAAUACCGAUGGGGAUAGAGUUGAUGAUAAAAUUGUACAAAAUGUUGGAAAUGUGUUCCAACAAAGUUAUGGUAAUGUUGAUGAAUCAAUGGGAAGGAAUGGAUCCAUUGAUGGGUUCUCUAUGCCACCAUCGGGUGGAUUAAACAAUGUUAGCGUACAAAAUAAUGCUAAUAUACAAAAUAAUGCUAAUAUACAAAAUAAUGCUAAUAUACAAAGUAAUGCUAAUAUACAAAAUAAUGCUAAUAUACAAAGUAAUGCUAAUAUACAAAGUAAUGCUAAUAUACAAAGUAAUGCUAAUAUACAAAGUAAUGUUAAUUCCCAUGGUGGAACGAAUCGACAAAACAAUAUUAAUAAUGUAAAUUUUUUUGAGAACAAUGCAUACACUCAACAAACUUCUUAUGGAGGGUGGGCGAACCCUAGCGAAGACGUUUUUAAUAAUUCCUUUUCUUCGUCUGUUCCUAGCUCCUUUCUCUUUGACAUCCCCGAAGGAUCUGAGUAUGAGCAUAUGACAGAGAAUAUAUUGGAUGAACAGAUGAAUUUUUUUAAUACGAAGAAUAAUAAAGAGCAGCAAGAAGGAGGACCUAAUAAUGAGAGUAAUGGUAUGUGGAAUGAUGAGAAUGAUGAAAUGAUAAAAAAGUACAUGAAAGAUUUAAAUGACGAUUUAAAUAAAUCUUUAAAGAAUGCAGAAGAAUAUUUUCACAAAGCAAUAAGAAAUAACGAUGAUAGUUUAGAGAAUAUAUUAGCAAAAUAUAAUAUACAUAAAUUUGGAUUAGGUACUGAAAAAAAUAUAGAAUUAGCUGGGAUAUAUUUAAAAAAAGCAGCUGAUAAAGGUGAUAAUAUAUCUCAAAUGUUAUUAGGCCAUUAUUAUUCAGGUUCAGAUAUCGGAAUAAAAUUGAAUGAUUAUAAAGAUGAUGAUAAAAUAGAGAAUUUAAGAAAAUCAUAUAAAUAUUAUAAAAUGUCUGCACAGAAUGGCAAUAUUAUAUCUUUAUAUAAUAAAAGUAUAUUAAUAUUAAAAGGUGUUAAUCCUAAAUAUAAAACAUUUAAUGAGAAAUGUGAGAAAACAUUGAAGCAUUUCCAUUUUAUAGGAUUAUUUAAUGAAAGACUAUAUAUGUUAACCAAAUUAUUAAGAAGAAAUUAUCAAUUUAAAGAUUAUACGGGCUCUUUAUUGUUAUCUAUUAUGUUGUCUGAGUUAGGUGACCAUGCACAUAAUGUAAAUGCUUCUAUGUUAUGGACAUUAAAAAGAAAGACUAUGCAGCAAUUUACGGAAAAAUACAAUAUUGUGGAGAAUUUAAAAUUAUCCUUGAUUAAGGAAUUGAAGAAUAAGGAGGAGAAAGAAAAAGAAAAAAGAAAAAACAAUAUUCACAAUGUAUAUAAUAAUAAUAAUAGUAAUAUUAAUGGAUAUAAAAAAUGUGAUAAAAAUUGUAAUGAUAAUGUAAGGAAGAAUCAAAAAGAUUUAAACCAAAUCGAUCACACAAUAGUUAAAGGAGAUACUCCUUAUUAUUAUGAAAAAAAUAUAAAUGAAAAAAUUAAAAGAAUAUAUAAGAAGAAUAAAAAUGCUAGUUAUUCCUUUUCAAAAGUACGUAAAAUGUAUUCUAUAUCUUUGUUGACCAACUGCAGUAUGCUAUCCGAAUUUUUGAGGGAGCGUCCUUUAUUUUCGAAAAUAAUAUAUUGUUAUAAUUUUAAGAGGGAGUUAUAUAUUUAUUAUAAUAGGUUGUCAUGGUUUACCUACCAAAUGAUGAAGAUGCAACAUGAAGAUGAUUUGUCGGAUGAUAAGGAUAGGUCUGAAGGAUGGAAUAGCAUAAAUAUAAAAAAGUUUAAUGAGAAUGUACAACGUGAUCAUGUGAAUAGAAAAGAGAAUGUAAAUGUGAAGGCAAAUGCAAAUGUGAAGGCAAAUGCAAAUGUGAAGGAAAAUGCAAAUGUGAAGGAAAAUGCAAAUGUGAAGGCAAAUGCAAAUGUGAAGGCAAAUGCAAAUGUGAAGGCAAAUGCAAAUGUGAAGGAAAAUGCAAAUGUGAAGGAAAAUGCAAAUGUGAAGGAAAAUGCAAAUGUGAAGGCAAAUGCAAAUGUGAAUGAUAAUGCAAAUUCUGUAUUAAAUAAAAAUCAUAAUAAUGACAUUUAUGAUUAUUCUUAUUAUAAGAAGAAUGAUGAAAGAAGAAAUGAUAAGAAGAGUGAAUUUUUUAAUACAUCAAAGAAUAAGAAAGAAGAAAAAAAAGAGAUUAAAAUAACAUAUCAUGAUACAUAUGAUUUAUGUAAAAAAUAUAGCCAAAUUGAAUUAUAUGAAAAAUAUGAUAAGAUAAUUUUAAAUACAUUAAAAAAAGAUGAUGAUGUAGAGGAAAAAAUAAACAAGAUAGAAAAUAUGAAAAGUGUUAUAUUAGAACAUUUACGGAUUAGUGAGUUCUUACAUUGUUAUUAUAAACCUAUAUCAUACUAUCAAAUAAAGUUAGAAGAAGAAAAAGAAAAAAGAGCAAAAAUAGAUGAACAUAUAUAUAAUGAAGAAAGAUAUUAUAAGAAUGACAAAUCUAAUUAUAAUAGUUUUUAUUCAAAUAAGUGGAAGACUAUGAAAGAUUAUAAUAUAAAAAAUUUGUAUGAAUCUGAAUUUUAUAGAUACUCUGUUUUUUUAGAAAAUAUAGAUAUGAAAGAAAUAUUUAAUUAUAAAAAGAAAUAUUCAUCUAAUAUAUUUGAUGAAAUUCAAAGUUUUUCAAAAAAUUGUGAAGUUUGUAAACAAUAUUAUGAUAUAUAUUCAGCAUAUUAUGGACAUAAAAAGUCAGGAAUUAAUUUGAUUAAGAAAUAUAGAGAAGGUGAUGAAUUUACAAUAAAAAGUAAAAGAAAGGAAUUACAAUUCUUAAUAAGGAAUUCAGAUGAAGAUAAUCAUCAAUCACUUUAUUAUAAAGCCCUUUUUUUAGAACAUAAUAAUUUAGAUAAUUUAAAAAAUAUUUUACAAAUAUAUUUCAAGCUAGCUACUGAUGAUCAUAAUACAUGUAAUGUUAUUGGUUUUUUAGGUAUUAUGAAAAUAUUUUUUAAAAAGCUAUUUUUCGAUUUUAAUAUAUUUAGUAAAAAUAAUAAAAAGAAUAUAUUCACAUUUCCUUUAAAACACAAAACAUUCUAUGAUGAUAAUUUAUGUUCUUUACAAAAAAAUAUUUUAUUAAAAUCGGAAUUUGAUAACAAAUGUUUCAACUUUGAUUAUUUGUUAAAAAAUAAUUAUAUUUAUUCUCAAAUUAGGUAUUCUGACUUUUUUAAGGUUUUGUAUAAUCUGAUAUUAUCUUUUUUUAAAAUUAUAUGA